AUGUCACACCCUGCAUCCACUGAAAACAAUUACCCUUCCAUCCAAAGGGCCUUGGGUCUUGCCGACAUGGCAAGUAUCUUUGAGUUCGCCGCAUCCCAAUUGCUGGCCAUAUGGAUGACGCUUGACACAAGCAACCUUGUCACUUCGUCGAAAGUCCGAUACAUCAUGACUAGGUAUCUGAUGUGGGAAGGAGAUGUGUUUAUUUCACCUUGGGUCAACUAUUGUGAAGGCAUGGGCAUCAGCCCGCCGCUCUCCAGAAACCUUCGGUUCUUUGUCGGCAUGCUCGGCAUGAGCCAGACGGAGCUCCUGAACUACCAGGAGUUCUAUGAUGCAUUCAUGAAGCUGCUGGCAGUGCAUUCCGGCACAUGGGUAACAGGCCGCAUCGUCAAAACAUAUCCAAUGGCAUGGUGGAACGAAGCCUUUGAUACCGUGGACUACAAGACUUUCACCACCACCCUCCCCAACUUUGGUGACAUCAAAGCAAUGGCCAAUUCCCACUUUGAACAAUUGCCAGAGGGCUGCUUACUUGUGACACCGGCGACAUUGGUAGACUCAAGGUCAACACUGGUCGCACAGCAGUUGGCUAAUAUCCACGCCGGCACCAAGCAAGAAGGGGACCAAAUUAUUACACUGUUGGAGAAUAAGGUUGUUGAGGCGUGGCUAGUUGCGGCAUCAUUGUUGAGGAUGGAGACUGCAUUGGGUCAAGAUUCUGCUAUACUUGAGACGACAAGUGCAUUUGACCCUAAAGGGGAAGUGCCGAAGGCGCUACUGGUUGGCGAAUGCGAAGCGCGGGAAAGCGCAGGUGCACGCGAGGCACGGGAAUGCACACGCGUGUAUGCGGAAACAAGAGAGAGUAAGAGAAUAGAUUUCAACUAUGCUCUGCUGGGUAGUAAAUGGGUAUUGUUCUGGUUCAGUCCUCUGUCGUUCUUGGUGGUAUGGCGCCUAAGCGCUGUCAUGCGGAGCCAAAGCGCUACCGAGUAA